AGACGACCAUGGCGUCCUCCUCGAUUUUCCGCAUUGCAGCGUUCCUCCUUCUGAUCGUCCUCUCGAGUUCUUGUGCUCGAGCGCAAGAUGGAUCAUGCUCGGAGACCAGGCUAUGCCCCUCCGGGAUGUGCUGCAGCCGGUUUGGAUUCUGUGGCACCACCGAUGCCUACUGCGGUGUCGAUUGCCAAUUCCAGUGCCCAGGAUCAUCAAAUCCUCCUUCGGUUCCAAGCCCAGCAGCACCCAGCCAAAACACGGGCGUGAUCGCCACUUACUGGGGACAGGAUGGCGGAGAAGGAAGCUUGCUCGAUGCUUGCAACUCGGGGAACUACCGGAUCAUCAUGGUCUCGUUCCUCUCCCAGUUUGGAAACGGCCAGACUCCGGUGCUCAAUCUCGCCGGACAUUGCGAUCCAGCGGGUGGGACUUGCACCGGAUUAAGCUCCGAGAUCAGCCAGUGCCAGCAGCUGGGGAUCCGAGUGCUGCUCUCCAUUGGUGGCAGCGCUGGAAGCUACGGCCUCUCAUCGAGCAGCGAUGCCCAGUCCGUGGCGAGCUACAUCUGGAAUACCUUCCUCGGCGGGAGCUCCAGCUCUCGGCCCCUCGGCAGUGCCGUACUCGACGGCGUCGACUUUGACAUUGAGAGAGGUGCCGUUCCACAGCUCUACGUUGAUCUGGCGAGAGCUCUCCGCGGAUUCGAUGGAUCUAUGAUCCUGGCUGCAGCUCCACAGUGUCCAAUCCCAGAUGCCAACCUCGGAUCCACAAUCCAAAUCUCGGGCCUCUUCAACUACAUCUUCGUCCAGUUCUACAACAAUCCUUCGUGCCAGUUUGAUGGCAGUAGUGCAUCAAACAUCCUCUCUUCUUGGAACUCGUGGGUGUCCGACUCGGUCACGCCAUCCUCGGCCAGGGUUUUCAUGGGAUUGCCGGCAUCGUCCUCGGCUGCUCAAUCUGGAGGAUUCAUGCCAAGCUCUACUUUGAUCUCCCAAGUUCUUCCUACAAUCAGAUCUUCUCCGAAAUAUGGCGGCGUCAUGCUCUAUGCUGUGAGUUUUGACCGCCAGACCUCCUACAGUAGCUCCAUUCGCUCCAGCGUCUAGAGCGCUUAAAUGUUCGUGGCGCUAAUCUUGAUUUUAAAUUCAGUGAAUAUACUAUACUUAUUCUGUCC